AUGGGAACGUUUCCAUCCUCAUUUAGAAAGAAUUACAUCUUGGUAGAAGUGGAUUAUGUGUCAAAGUGGGUGGAAGCGGCGACAUUGCCCACUAAUGAUUCCAGAGUUGUAGUGAAUUUUGUGAAGAAUAAUGUUUUCUCAAGAUUUGGAGUGCCGAGAGAACUUAUCAAUGAUGAAGGUACCCAUUUCUUAAACAAACUGAUGGAAAAUCUGCUAAAGAAGUACAAUGUUAAGCACAAGAUUGCCACCACGUAUCAUCCUCAAACUGAUGCAACAGUUAAUGUUGCAAUUUCCUCCGCCGUAGUGAGGCUUUGUGAGUCCCCUCUCUAUCUUAGAUUUAAACAUUACGGUCAAUGUUUGGUUCAAAUCGAGGGUAUUUAUGCCGGAUGA